GUGUUAGAUGGCCAACAGACGCACAACAACCAUGCAGUCCCAUACGGGAGGGGGAAUUCGGGCUAGUUUCCUCAAGGUCAUCCUAUUAGGCGAUGGGAUGGUGGGGAAGACGUCUUUAAUGAACAGAUUCGUGACGAAUAAGUACUCGGAGACUCUGUUGAGGACGAUAGGAGUGGAGUUUCUGAAUAAGGACUUGAUUGUGAAUGGACAGACUUACACUUUGCAGAUCUGGGACACCGCUGGUCAGGAGCAGUUCAAAUCUCUGCGCACCCCCUUCUACAGAGGCAGUGACGUGUGUCUGCUAGUGUUCUCCCUCACCAACAGGGAGUCAUUUGAGAACCUGGAGUACUGGAAGAAGGAGUUUUUCUACCAUGCAGACGUGCACAACUACGAGUUCCCAUUCGUCCUCCUAGGCAACAAGAGCGACGCCACUGAUUCCAGAGUGGUAAACCAGGAUGAAAUAGAGGAGUUUGUGCGACUCUGUCCAAAUAUGGAAUAUUACGAGACAAGUGCGAAGAAGAAUGAGAAUGUGGAAAAGGCAUUCAUAGCAGCAAUCGACAAGUUCCAGAAGUUCGAAGAGGACGCACUCAACAAAGACCCCUUCAAAAAUGACCCGAACAAGGUCGAUUUGGACAAGAUCAAACGAAAGAAUAGAUCAUGUAACUGCUAGAUGAAUUCUUAUUUGUUCAAUCAUUACGUACAUUGAUUCGAAAACUAAAGACCAUUAUAAAUCGCGACAUUCAAGUAU